AUGUUCCAUGAGGUGCUGCGGGGCCCGUUUCCACCCAGAGUGCUGCCUUUUCUGGCAGCUGUGCUUUUCCAAAGGAAGGAGAGGAAAGAGACUGGGUUUUAUCACUGGCGGUGGGAGAAGCACCCUUACUACAACCUAACAGUAAAAGUCCUCCGAGCCAGAAACAUCAAGGGUACAGAUCUGUUGUCCAAGGCAGACUGCUACGUGGAACUAAAGCUGCCCACUGCAUCUCCCAUAGUCUCCCGAACUCAGGUUGUUGACAACUCUGAUAACCCAGAAUGGAAUGAAACUUUCCAGUAUCGAAUCCAUAGUGCUGUCAAGAACAUUCUGGAACUGACACUCUAUGAUAAGGAUGUCCUUGUCAGUGAUGAGCUCACGUCUAUCGUCUUUGAUGUAGGGGGCAUGAAGCUGGGUCAGCCCUUGCUGCGCACUUUCAGGUUGAACCCUGAGGCUAAUGAAGAGCUGGACGUAGAGUUUUACUUGGAGAAAUGCUCAGAUGCCCCUACAGAGGUCUUGACUAAUGGAGUCCUUGUGGUUCAUCCUUGCUUGUCUCUGCAAGGCACUGUCAACAAAGAGGAAAAAACAGGAGACAGCCAGCAAGGGAGCUGUGAGGUCAAGGUGUCUGUUCCAGGGGCAUAUCAGAAGCAGUUGUGUAUUCCCUGGAGGCCAGGCAAUGAGAAGGAUUAUGGAACCUCAUUUGUCUUUCAUGUGGAUAAAGAAAUGUGUCCAGAACUGCAAGUGGAGCUGGAGCAAACCAUAUCUGUCCUACAGGAUGGUAUGAACCCUCAUAUUGAAAAGCAUACUACAGUUAUGGGAUUGGGGACUGUACCAGUGAAUUCCCUUCCUAUUGGACAAAAGGUUGAUAGAAUCGUUUCUCUGGGAGAGGGACAAAGUUUGGAUAUGAGUUUGAAAACUCAAGAGAGCACUUGGGAUCUUGACAUACGUCUGGGUUUUGACCUCUGUAAAGAGGAGAGAGAAUUUUUGGACAAAAGGAAGAAAAUAGUUUCAGAGACACUGAGGAAGACUCUUCACUUAAAAGAAUCCCCUCCAAAAGAUGAGGUUCCAGUUGUAGCAGUACUGGGGUCUGGAGGUGGGAUGAGAGCACUGACUUCGUUCUAUGGCAGUCUUGCUGGGCUUCAGCAGCUGGGCCUUUUGGAUGCUGCAAUAUAUCUGUGUGGAAUUUCUGGAUCUACUUGGUGUUUAUCGACAUUAUAUCAAGACCCUGACUGGUCACAGAAAGACCUUCAAGAUGCAAUCAGAAGAGCUCAGGGUACUGUGUCCAGCAGCAAAGCAGGGGCAUUUUCCCCAGAACGACUGAAAUACUAUUUCCAGGAGCUGAAUGCAAUGGAGAUUAGUGGACGGAAAGUUUCCUUUACAGAUUUGUGGGGCCUUAUUGUGGAAUAUUUCCUACAACAGAAGGAAGAUCCAUCAAAGCUGUCUGAUCAGCAAGAAGCAGUGAAAUGGGCCCAGAACCCCUAUCCUAUCUAUGCAGCUGUCAAUGUGAGACCCAAUAUUAGCAGUGGUGACUUUGCAGAAUGGUGUGAGUUCACUCCCUAUGAAGUUGGAUUUCGCAAAUAUGGAGCUUUUGUCCGAACAGAGAACUUUGACAGUGAGUUCUUCAUGGGACGGCUUGUCCAGAAACGUCCAGAGCCUAGGAUUUGUUUUCUACAAGGAAUGUGGGGCAGUGCCUUUGCUGCAAGCUUGGAUGAUAUCUGCCUGAAGGUGGUUGGUAUAGGACUGGGCUUUCUAGAUUCUUUCAAAGAUGUUAUCAAAGUUGUAGAUGACUGCCGAAGAUUCCAUUUCCGAGAUCCAACACGGCUGAAGACUCGCUUGGUUAUACCUGGGGGCCCCUUGUUACAAAUUUUUCAGGAUUUCUUCAAGUCCCGGGUCACAUGUGGAGAAACCUUCAACUUCAUGCGGGGAUUGUAUCUUCAUAAAGAUUAUGUUAACAUCAAGAAAUUUGUGGCUUGGAGAGGCACUCAUCUGGAUGCAUUUCCCAACCAGCUGACCCCCAUGGAAGAAAGCUUGUAUUUAGUGGAUGGUGGCUUUUCUAUCAACUCUCCCUUUCCUUCGGUACUUCAGCCAGAGAGGGAUGUGGAUGUUAUCUUGUCAUUCAAUUUUUCCUGGGAAGCUCCAUUUGAGGUUUUAGAGCUCACUCAGAAAUACUGUGAGGAGCGGGAAAUUCCUUUUCCAAAAAUCAAAUUGAGUGAGGAAGAUGAAAAGAAGCCAAAAGAGUGUUACCUGUUUGUGGAUGAUGAUAAUCCAAAGGCUCCAGUUGUGCUCCAUUUCCCAUUGGUGAAUGACACCUUCCAGAAAUACAAAGCUCCAGGAGUUAAACGUGAGUCAGAAGAAGAGAAAUCCUUUGGUGACUUUGUCAUUGAGUCGAAAGAUUCUCCAUACCGUACACUAAAUUUCACCUUUGAGCCAUACGAUUUCAUCAGAUUGGUGGAAGUGAAUCGCUACAAUGUUCUGAACAGCAAGGACACUCUCUUCAAAACCCUAAACUUGGCUCUGCAAAGGAGAAAGUUGAAGAAAGUCAUCAAUAUGUCCAAUACAUAAGCAGCUUCCAUAGCUGAGGAUACAGCCAGGCUGCAGUGUACAAAAGUCGUGUGGUUCAAGACAGAAUACCAAAAACUAAUAGCUGGAAACUGUCUUGUGAAGGGAGUAGCACAUGUGACACUGAAAAUCCAGAUAACGGAUGCUCUUAACAAAAACUCAAGGGAUGUACAGUGCAACAUGGAUGUUGCUUUGUCAUGUGGGGAAGAGUAGGGAAUUAUCUAGGCCAGUAUCUCAUCUUACAGUGGCUGAUACCAGAUGACUAGGGAGGUCUAUUCAAACAGUUCAAGCACCUGGAGAAUAAUCUUCCAAACUCCUCUGAGUGAAGCACCUCUUUUUGUCAAAGGUCUGGCAGCGUUCAAGGAAACUCUGAUUUCUCCUAUACCUUUAUCUCUCUUGCUUUUUGAACCUCCGUCCACGAACUUUCACAAUUUACAUCAUCUGGCAAGGAACUCCACCAAUUGUAACUAUGCACGGAGAGAGGAAAUGUCUCCUUUUGUUUUCAGUGUGCUACUGGCUGAUGCCCAUGUACUUUCAAGACUGAACAGUCAUUAUCUGCUUUCCAUUUUUGCCAUUCAUCGUUUCAAAGAU